GCCUCACCGCCGCCAGACUCUUCACUUCACCUGCAGCUGCUGCACGAGCCGCGAGCCCCGCUAACGGCCUGGUCCCCUUCUCUUCUGCACACAGGUUAGACCUAGGGCUAUUCCACCAUGUCGGAGAAGAUGGCCUCAAGGCAGUAUUUUAAAGGGUUUGCGCUGCUUGCGAUGCUGAUGACGAAUCCCGGGCUGACGUGGGGUCAGGAGAGUACCACCCCAACGCCCGAGGAGAGUGCCACCCCAAUGCCCGAGGAGAGUACCACCCCAACGCCCGAGGCGAGUGCCACCCCAAUGCCCGCAGCGAGUGCCGCCCCAACGUCCCCAGAUACCGCCACGAGCGCGGGUACCACGAUUCCGGGAUCCACACCGCCGACCGGGACUCCGCCCCCCUCCAGCACUGCACCGUCGGCCUCGACGACGGCGACACCGACACCAACGGCAACGGCGGUUACCACUGCAGCCGGCAGCGGCAACACAAACGCGGCAACUACAGCGUCCGGCUACAACGUCACCAUGACAAGCAUGAUUUCCUGUCGGCAGUUCACCUGUAAUGAAUCUCAGUGCUACAGCAUCUUCAUAAACCAAACCGCUAUGCCCUGCAAUGCCAGUUUCUCCUACUGCCAGCUGCAGCGUGUGGCCUACAUGAGCUACACUGUGGGUUGCAGCGCUAACUGCACCACCACACCAUGUACGAACCAGACCCAGACCGGCUGCUCUGUGGGCUGCUGCAACACUACGGACUGCCUCAAUGUCACCAUGUCCACCAUGGUCCCCACCACAGCUGCUCCAACCACAACCAAGACCACAACCAAAGCUCCGACUACGACCACUCAAGGAAGCAACGGCAAGAAGUGUAACCAGCUGACGUGCACUGGGGAGACCUGCUACACACAAGCCAGCCAGAAGACUCUGGUUGUGGCGUGCCUUGGUGGCCAGGACUACUGCCAGCUGAAGAAGACGGUGGCGGGCGCGGUCAUGACCUGGAAGGCGGGCUGUAGCGGGGACUGCAGGAAGGACACGCCCUGCUCCUCCACAGCGGUGGACUGCACCCAGGAGUGCUGCAACGCCACCCUGGCCUCCUCCUGCCUCAAGCUCGACGGCACCCUCAACAUCCCUGGCUCCGCCUCCGGCCCCGCCCUCGGCCCCGCCCCCCUGCUGCUGGCCCACGCCCUGCUGGCCUGGCUGCUCGCGUCGCAGUUCCACGUUCAGUAACCGCGGCAACUAGUGCCUUUAACGCUGCCAGCUAGAUCAGAGUAGCACAAACGUGUCCUGUGUCCUUCAGACAACCGUCACCUAUUUUAAUCUGUGUGUGAAUGCAUGUGCGUGUGCUGCAUGUGUAAUGUGUAUGUGUUGCAUGUGUAAUGUGUGUGUGUGUGUGUGUGUGUGAGUGUGUGCGUUUAUCUGUAAGGUGUGUGUGCGUGUGUGUGUGGCAUGUGUAAUGUGUGUGUGUGUGUGUGUGUGUGUGUGCUUAUAUAAAAAAGAAUGUUUAAGCUUCACAUGUUCUUCUGCAUGACAGUGAUUCUGAGCAAUACUGGCCUGUGACAUUUCCACAAGAUGAGCUGUGAUUCUUUCUGCUGGAGGCACAGCUAUCCAACCCAGGGGCACCACCAGGGAUUUUGGGCCCUAUGAAAAAGAUCUCACACUGGGCCCACCACUCCAGAAAAUCCUAUAUUCUAAAAAAAAUUUUGAGAGCCCCUAUCAGUCAGGGCGCUUGGAAUUGAACUUUGAAUUGUACUGGUACCUUUGACCAACCAUGUUAGUGGAGCUUGCUAUUAUCAUCAAAAUCACUUUGAAAUUUGUACUUUUAAAAAAAAAACACUGUUACUCGCAUGUAAUGAUGUCAAAGUACUGACUGAAUACAGCCUUGGUGAUGUAAACGUAGCAGGUUGGAAAAAAAAGACCUCAAGAAAUUCCAAGCUUCCUACUCAAUUUGUUUUACCUAUGUCCAAAUGCACUUUAUUAACGUAAAAUAAGACCUCAACGCAGGCCAACUGCUUUGUUAAGUAACAACUUGAAGCAAGUGUUACGUAGAAUUAUGAGUUGGGUAGUCAAUGAGGUGAAUGAAAAGCAGAACAGAGGACUAAUAGAUGACACUUCACUUGAACUAUAUGCCAUAAAGCCUAUGUAACACUUCCGUUAGCAUGGCAUAACAUGUCAUAAGCAGCUAUAACAGCAUUUUACAGCUCAUGAAUAAUGUCAUAAUAUAUGCACUGAUUUUUACAAAUUUUAUCAAGUUCAUAAUAACUGUUAGAAAAUUAUUACUGUUUAUGUUAUGACAUUGUUAUGACAUGGCUGUCGGAAAGCUCUAAUACACUGUCAGGACUGGUUAUGACAGCUGCUAUGUCAUCCUUAUGACAGCUGCUAUGUCAUGCUUAUGACAGUAUCAUAUAUGCUGAAUGACCUAUAGUUCAAGUAACAUUACAGAAUCAUACGUUAUCUUUACCAAACCCCUUCAGUGAUGCCUCUGCAAUUCAGGUUUAAAAAAAAAGAUUCUAAUGUUCCUUUUGUCUCACAUAAACACACAGUUCUGGUAACACAUGCAUCUUGUGAACUAUAGAGAUUUUUUAUGUUCCAUAAUGAGAUAGUCCAGGUGUGUCAUACAACUUAAGAGUCAUCUUUGCAGUGCUAUUGAACUUAUUUUUGUAACUCUGGAUACAACCAGAGCAUGCCAUUUAUCACAUUAUCCUAUAGUAAAAUGUUGAAUAAUGCUUGGUGUAAUAUUAAGAGAACUAUAUCAUUUUAAGCAGUUUUUUUCGGCUAAAAUGUAUAUAUUUGUACAAACUGUAAUGACUGCUUUUUAAAACCUACCAAAUAAAAUGUUGCUAACAUAG